UCAAAUUACUUUUUAUUCACGACGCUCUACAGAGUGGUGCUGACCUUAAAUGCAGUUUGUAUAUGUACAAUUAUCUAUGAAUGAAUUAAAUAAACGAAAGAAUCAUUAAAAGAGAAAGUGACAAAAGUUCUAGACAUAAACGCGUGAAAUGUAAGAGGGGAAAUUCGCUAAUACUACUGGAUUUACGAUGAAACAGUAACACACACACUUCCUAAAGCCUGCUACCAAUUUACUCCGUUUAAGCAACUGAUUCUUACUGUGUGGUUGCAAAUCAUAUUUUAAUCCUGAGAGUUGAGGCAGCUGGCUAAAUCAUGGAUUGCAUUACCUUACUCUUUUUGUCUGAAGAUGAAGAUGCCUUGAGCUUUAGUGAUCGCCUCUGGGAUGUUUGAAAUAGCCUUUUGACUGAGACUACAUCCUAUGAAAACAUCACAUACAUAUCACAAACCUAUAAGAGAGACAAAGUGAAUAUGAAUUUCACGACAAGCUUCCUGAAAAAAGAGCUGCAGCUCUCGAACGCCUUUCUGUCCUUGAAUGGCUCUCUCCGUGAAGUUAAGGACUUCAAGAGUGAUUAUUUCCUCCACCAGGGUGGAGAACUGGAGAGACUGCUUCUAUUGACAAUCAAGGAGCCUACCACUAUCGCUCUCACUGUGAUGUAUUCAUUAUCAUUUGUGGUGGGCUUCAUUGGAAAUCUCAUGGCCAUUCGAAUGCUUACCUGCCAGAAGAGUAAUAAGAUGAAGAGCAUCAGUGCCACACGGAGUUUACUCAUCAACUUGUCAGUGUGUGACCUGAUGGUGGUUUGCAUCUGUAUGCCCAUCACGCUUGGCCACACCAUUUACACCGCAUGGGUGUAUGGAGACCUCCUGUGCCGAGCCGUUCCCUUCAUCCAGGCUGUGUCCGUUUCAGCCAGUGUCCUCAGCCUGACCGUCAUCAGUGUUAACAGAUACUACAGUGUUCACAAUCCACUGAAUUCCCUCUCCUACUUCACUCAGAAGAAGAUCUACAUCACUAUUGUGGGUGUGUGGGUCGUGUCCUCUGUGAUUUGUGCACCUUUACUCUUCAUGAUCAAGGUGGAUGAGAUCCACUUGAUUGACAUUGUAGUGCCAAUCUGCAGAGAGCUCUGGCCUCGGGCGACUCUCAAGCAGGCCUACAAUGUUCUUCUCUUCGUCGCUCUCUACUGCAUACCUGUGACUUUCAACCUGAUCAUCAGCUUUCUAACAGGCAGGAAGCUCUGGUGGGCUUCUCAACAUUUCACUGACUUUGAUCCUCACAGCCAGGCCAUGCACGCCUCGUGCCUGAAGAUGCGCAAGAAGAUCGCCAAGGUGGUGGUCACUUUGGUCCUUCUGUUCGCUGUCUCCUGGCUCCCACUCUAUGUGGCAGAUAUUCUGAUUGACCAGGAGGUCCAUCCACCUCACUGGGUUUUGCAGACUCGUCCUUUUGCCCAGUGGUUGGGCCUCACUAACUCCAGCCUCAAUCCCAUCUGCUAUUGUCUCUUAGGCGAUUUGUACCGCUCUGCCAGAGCAGUCAGGUCAAAGUAUCAUCAGAGGAUGCUUUCGGUCCUUGGAUCUUCCAGCUCUAGAAAACUGUCUCGUUUCCUCUCUCUCAAACAGCAGCAAGCUGACCAGCGACAAGGUGCUGUAAGCCAGGUGUCAAUGGAGACCCUCUCUGAUUGGUGUUCCAACAACAGCCAGAUGGUGUCUAUCCAAAGCAUAUCAGGGAGGAUAGUGUCUAGGAGCAAUCCUGAAUUAUCAAACCUGUAGUCAGACGGGAAGAGUUCACCCAAAAAAUAUAAUUCUCUCAUUAUUUACUCUCCCUUAUGCCAUCUCAAACUCACAUGACUUUCUGUCUUCUGUGGAACACAGGAAAUAUAUUUCAUGUAGAUAUAAGGUAUUUUUGUCCAUGCAAUGCAAGCUCCAAAAAAUACAAAAUGGCAGCAUAAAAGUAAUCCAUAAGACUUGAGUGGUUUAAUCCAUGUCUUUUGAAGCGAUACCAUUGGUUUUAGGUGAGAAACGGAUCAUAUUUUUAACUAUAACUCUUGACUAAGCAGUCUCCUUGGCAAUCAUGAUUUGAAGCUCGAUGUGUACAGCACUCUGCGCAUGUUUCAAGCGCGAGAAAGUUUAAUCGAAUUUCAAAGCAUGAUCAGCAAGGAGACUGAUGAUAUCAAGAUUUAUCCUCGUGUGGCCCCAUGUCCACAUGUGUGGAUGUUGUAUUUUGGCUUCACUAUAUGCAACGCAUAAUUUAAAUGAAUUAAAUCCGACUAAAUACUGUUCACAAGACUCUACACUGUCAUUUAAGGGUUAAACUUCUGGUGCAUUGCAUCACGUGACAUAACAGCAUGUAGCUGAUUUCCAGGAAGCGUUACUACAGGCCCAGUGCCAACAAAAGUGCCUCUGGUAAGAAACCCCUUUAAGUUUCUUGACUGAAACCUGUUUGGUUGUAAAGAGUAGCAUCUCUAGUUUCGUUUAAAAAAUCCAUUCAUUUUUCGUGUGUCAGCACGCUGAUAAACAUGAUGUACACAUAUGUGGAAAAUGGGGCCUUUUUCCCUCAAAAGUUGAAAUAACAUGUACAUUAUUUUUAAUAACUUUCAACUAUAACACAUCUCUGGGUCAUUUUGCUUCAUUUGAAUAUAAAUGUAGUUUUAUUUUAUUUUGUUAUUACUGUACAAUACUGUUCUAUUCAUUAACAUUAGUAAAUACAUUCCUAUAUAUUUACUGUACAUUUUCAUAUUGAGAAUAAAUGUAUUCAUCUAAAAGCUGAAAAUUUUUGCUUUCAGAGACUUUAUAUGGAGUUAGGAUGAAAAUAAGGUGCAUUUCAAACUGUUCUGAGACCAGUGCAGACAGAGAGCACACUGGAGGUGAAGUCAUUCACUAAAUAGGGAGCAAGGGAGCAAGGGAGCAAUGGUGCAUCCUAUAGCUUUCUAUGCAACUAAGUUCAUUCAGUCCUAAAAUCCGACCAAAAGUUCAUUUUCAGGCUGCAUGAUGAUGUUUGGACCACUCAACAUGUUUGGCAGACAUAGGACAAUGAAAAUCAGUACAUAAUUUCAGAAUUUUAUAAUGCAAAAUGUUAUUUUAAUAUGGUUUGACGAUGUUGGCCAUUACUUUUAAUCAGAAUUAUUUAUUGAGCUUUAUAGAAAAUCAGCUGUAAUGUCUAACAUCUCAAUACUAUGAAUAACCAACACUUCUGGAAACAUAAUAAACUAUUUGAUGAAAAUAAUAUGACUUUCUAUAGCUUGGUAUUACUUAAAAUUUCACAAAUUAGUCCCGCUGUCUACAUAUGUGGACAUACAUUUUUAGGAACUCUUCUUGCUCUAGAAAAAAAUAUUUGUUUUGCUUGUUUAUUAGGUGCUACUAGUUACAAAUCAAAAAUGGAAAUGAAAAAUGCACACAGCAGUAACGAAGGGGUCUCAGGAGGUUAAAGUAAAAAAAGUAGUUACAUUUUGGCUCUGAAGACAUGGAUUAAACCAGUCGAGUCAUAGGGAUUACCUUAAUGCUGCCUUUAUGUCCUUUUUGGAUUAUGAAGUGUUGCACAAAAACAACUCAUAUCUUCAUCAAAAUAUCUUUGUUUGUGUUCUGUAGAAGAAAGAAAGUCAUCCGAGUUUGAGACGGCACAAAGGUGAGUAAAUAAUGAGAGAACUAUUCCUAUAAUUGUUGAUUAUUUGCCUUUAGUGCUGUAGAAUAGCAUGCAAUUAUGUGCUAGCCACUAGCCAUUCUAAGAAAAUCAGCUGAGUAAGUGCUUUGAUACAACAAUAGCAUGAUUUUAUCUGUAAACUGUCCAGUUAUAUUGCCUCGUCAGUUACACUGUACAUGAAUAAAAGAUGUUCUUUUCUUGAUUUUGUGACUGUUAAUAAGGAGCAACCUGGUCUCAGAAUCGCGUUACUUCAUUUUUACUAAAUGAGUUUUAUGUGGCUCGUUUUACAGUUUGCUGCAGUUUCCUUGUGAAUUGAACACUAGAGGCGCUACAACGACAAAAUAUUUUAUUUCCUUUUCAACAAAUCACGAGUAGAAAGUCUUAAUUGUGUUGCACUUGCAAUGCAAAGGGUCGGGGUAUGGGUAUUAAAGAGCAUGCAAGUUGACACGUGAGCCGAAAGUGUAAUAGAUGCACCACAAAAUGACCUGGUUGCUUCAGCAAUUGCUUUUUUAAUGACUCUUAUUGGUUAGGUUUAAGGUUUAGAGUAGGGAGGUAGCUUUUGUUGAUUUAAAACACAAUAGAGCAUUAACCUUAAAAACCUCAUUAAACUCCCUUUUAGCACCACUGAGUAGACAUUUAUCUCAAAACUGUCGCAAUAUGUGUAUGGAGUUACGUGAUAUAAUUCUGCAAAUAUGUCGCCACAGUCACGUAGUUUUCAUGAGAUCAGGCUCACAGUUCUGUAAAGACAUCAGUGACACAGAUUGUACAUAAAUGCUCGAUUUCUCACCACCAUAGGCAGAACAGAUGUGUUUUAAAUGAUGGCAGAAACAAAACAAAUCUAUGUGAACUGCACAGUGCAUUACACUGAUUUCCCAUACUCUGUCUAUAAACAUAUAGACAUAAACAUCUGCAUUCAGGAACACUGGUUUCAGAUUAAGGAAUUCUGUGCACGAAUGAAAUGAAAGGCAGGCAGAAUCUAUAGAUCCAAAUUGCCUUGAGAAGAUUAUAUUCAUAGUGAUUCUAUUAAAUGAAAUGUAUCAUGCUUGAUUGUGAAUAAUCAUUUGUAUGUGCUUUUUUCAAUGAAGAUGGUUCUGAGGUGGUUCAGUGAUUAGACCUUUUGAUGGGAAUAUAUCCACACCCUGAAAAAAAAAGAUAUUGUACAAAACCAUCGUUCACAAUUUCAUUUCUUUUAUCAUGACACAUAUUCACUGUGAGGAAAAGGCAUUAUAAAAGCAAGAGAUGCACUAAUACAGAAUGCAGAAAGGUCUGAUAGAUUAUAUUAUAAGAAUCCAGAACAUGAUUACAGAUUACAUAGUCGAAAAAUGCAAUAACAAUGAAAUGUAAGACUCGUAAGAAUUAGCGUCUACUGAGAGCAGAUUUUGAAAGCUGAUGAAUGGUAAUUCAGUUCAGGAGAGCUAUGGGCGGUUCGUACUGUUUGUUCAGCCAGAGCUCAGUGGCACAUCUUUCACAGGGACAGGGUGUAAUAGAUAGAAGAACAAGGAGCACUUCUUGAUUAAAAUCACAGAAUCUAUUAAUAUCUGGGGGCAGAUAAUAUCAUCCUUUUAUAUAAUGCAAAACCAACACAUUCUGUAUAUGGUUAAAUUUUACAGUAUAUUUGCAUUGAAGAAUAUUCAAAAGACAUGUAAGUCAGUGUUUGUGAAGCCAUUGUUGUUUAUACCAAAUUUCUUUGAAUGUGAAAAAUGUAGUGCUUUGUUUUAUUGCAAAAACAAUAAGCUUUGAGAUCUUUCACAGACUAAACAGUUACAAAAAUGUAUGUAAUGAACUAAGAACUGUGCAAGUCCACAAAAAGGGUGAACAUACACAAUUAAAUGUUUA